AUGCAACAACUUCUAUCCUGUUGUGAUAUACAUGCAGCAAAUUCUGUCCUAUUGCAGCACGCACACAGCAAAUUCUCUUGCAUUUUUUCCAAAGAAUCCUAUCACAUUGAAUCAAACCUAGAUUUUCUGUUUUUUCUCUCUUUCACUCUCUGUUCUCUCUCUUUCACUCUCUGUUCUCUCUCUUUCACUCUCUGUUCUCUCUCUCUCUCUCUUUGUUCUUUCGCUCUCUGUUCUCUCUCUCUCUCUUUGUUCUUUCGCUCUCUGUUCUCUCUCUCUCUUUGUUCUUUCACUCUCUGUUCACUCUCUGUUCUCUCUCUCUCUCUUUGUUCUUUCGCUUUCUGUUCUCUCUCUCUCUUUGUUCUUUCGCUCUCUGUUCUCUCUCUCUCUUUGUUCUUUCACUCUCUGUUCUCUCUCUUUGUUCUUUCACUCUCUGUUCUCUCUCUUUGUUCUUUCACUCUCUGUUCUCUCUCUUUGUUCUUUCACUCUCUGUUCUCUCUCUUUGUUCUUUCACUCCCUGUUCUCUCUCUCUCUUUGUUCUUUCGCUCUCUGUUCUCUCUCUCUCUCUUUGUUAUUUCGCUCUUUGUUCUCUCUCUCUUUGUUCUUUCGCUUUCUGUUCUCUCUCUUUGUUCUUUCGCUUCCUCUGUUCUCUCUCUCUCUUUUGUUCUUUCGCUCUCUGUUCUCUCUCUCUCUCUCUUUUUUCUGUUCUUUCUCUCUCUCUGUUCUCUCUCUCUCUCUCUUUCUGUUCUCUCUCUCUCUCUUUUGUUCUUUCUCUCUUUCUUCUUUCUCUCUCUCUCUCUUUUGUUCUUUUCGCUUUCUCUCUUCUCUCUCUCUCUCUCUUUUUCUUCUUUCUUUUUCUUGUUCUCUCUCUCUCUCUCUUUGUUCUUUCGCUUUCUGUUCUCUCUCUCUCUCUUUGUUCUUUCACUCUCUGUUCUCUCUCUUUCACUCUCUGUUCUCUCUCUCUCUUUGUUCUUUCGCUCUCUGUUCUCUCUCUCUCUUUGUUCUUUCGCUCUCUGUUCUCUCUCUCUCUCUUUGUUCUUUCGCUCUCUGUUCUCUCUCUCUCUUUGUUCUUUCGCUUUCUGUUCUCUCUCUCUCUUUCUUUGUUCUUUCUGUUCUCUCUCUUCUCUCUCUCUUUGUUCUUUCGCUUUCUGUUCUCUCUCUCUCUCUUUGUUCUUUCGCUUUCUGUUCUCUCUCUCUCUUUGUUCUUUCGCUUUCUGUUCUCUCUCUCUCUUUGUUCUUUCGCUUUCUGUUCUCUCUCUCUCUUUGUUCUUUCGCUUUCUGUUCUCUCUCUUUCACUCUCUGUUCUCUCUCUCUCUCUCUCUUUGUUCUUUAGCUUUCUGUUCUCUCUCUCUCUUUUCUUUCUCUUCUUUCCUCUCUUCUCUUUGUUCUCUCUCUCUCUUGUUCUCUUUCCUUUUCUCUUUCUCUCUCUUCUCUCUCUCUUUCCUCUCUUCUUUCUCUUUUUUGUUCUGUUCUCUCUCUUUCUCUCUGUUCUCUCUCUCUCUCUGUUCUCUCUCUCUCUCUUCUCUUUUCUUCUCUUCUCUCUUUCUCUCUCUCUCUCUCUUCUUCUUUUCUCUUUUUCUCUUCUCUCUCUCUCUCUUUGUUCUUUCCUUUCUCUUCUCUCUCUCUCUCUUUGUUCUCUCUUUUCUUUUCUGUUCUCUCUCUCUCUCUUUUGUUCUUUCUUUGCUUUCUGUUCUCUCUCUCUCUCUUUGUUCUUUACGCUUUCUGUUCUCUCUCUCUCUUUCUUUUUUCGCUUUCUGUUUCUCUCUCUCUCUUUGUUCUUUUUCUUCUGUUCUCUCUUUGUUCUCUCUUGUUCUCUCUUUGUUCUUCUUUGCUUUCUGUUCUCUCUCUCUCUCUCUUUGUUCUUUCUCUCUCUUCUCUCUCUUUCUCUCUCUCUCUCUCUCUUCUUUCUCUCUGUUCUCUCUUUGUUCUUUCUCUGUUCUCUCUCUUUCUCUCUCUUUUCUCUCUGUUCUCUCUCUUUCUCUCUCUGUUCUUUUCUCUUUCUCUCUCUGUUCUCUCUUUUCUCUCUGUUCUCUCUUUCUCUCUCUGUUCUUUUUCCUCUCUGUUCUCUCUCUCUGUUCUCUCUCUUCUCUCUCUUUCUCUUUGUUCUCUCUCUUUGUUCUUUCUCUCUCUCUCUCUUUGUUCUUUGUUCUCUCUCUCUCUCUCUCUCUCUUUUGUUCUUUUCGCUCUCUGUUCUCUCUCUCUCUUUGUUCUUUUCGCUCUCUCUUCUCUGUUCUCUCUCUCUCUUUGUUCUCUCUUUCUCUGUUCUCUCUCUCUCUCUUUUGUUCUUUCUCUCUGUUCUCUCUCUCUCUUUUUGUUCUUUCCUCUCUGUUCUCUCUCUUUGUUCUCUCUCUCUCUUUUUGUUCUUUUCUCUCUCUUUCUCUCUCUCUCUCUUUGUUCUUUCUCUCUGUUCUCUCUCUUUGUUCUUUCUCUCUGUUCUCUCUCUCUUUUCUUUUCUCUCUCUGUUCUCUCUUUCUCUCUGUUCUCUCUCUCUCUGUUUUCUCUCUCUUUCUCUCUCUGUUCUCUCUCUCUCUUUGUUCUUUUCUCUCUCUGUUCUCUCUCUCUUUGUUCUUUUCUCUCUCUUUCUCUCUCUCUCUUUUUCUUCUUUUCUCUCUGUUCUCUCUCUCUCUUUUGUUCUUUCUCUCUCUCUGUUCUCUCUCUCUCUCUUUGUUCUUUCUUUCUUUCUGUUCUUCUCUUUUUGUUCUCUCUCUCUCUCUUUGUUUGUUCUUUCUCUCUCUCUUUCUCUCUCUGUUCUCUCUUUCUCUCUCUUCUCUUUACUCUCUCUCUUUUCUCUCUCUUCUCUCUCUUUCUCUCUCUUUCUCUCUUCUCUUUGUUCUCUUUCUCUCUUUCUCUCUCUCUCUUUGUUCUUUUCGCUCUCUGUUCUCUCUCUCUCUUUUUGUUCUUUUCUCUGUUCUCUCUCUUUUUCUCUCUCUCUCUCUCUCUCUUUUCUCUCUGUUUCUCUCUCUCUUUCUUCUUUCUUUCGCUCUCUGUUCUCUCUCUCUUUGUUCUUUUCUCUCUCUCUCUCUCUUGUUCUUUGCUUUUCUCUGUUCUCUCUCUCUUUUGUUCUUUUCUCUCUCUGUUCUCUCUCUCUCUCUCUCUCUUUUUUCUUUCUCUCUUCUCUUUCUCUCUCUCUCUCUCUCUUUGUUCUUUUCUUCUCUCUCUCUCUCUCUCUCUCUUUCUGUUUCUCUUCUCUCUCUUCUUCUCUCUCUCUUUUGUUCUUUGUCUCUGUUCUCUCUCUCUCUUUGUUCUUUUCUCUCUGUUCUCUCUCUCUCUUUUGUUCUUUCACUCUCUGUUCUCUCUCUCUCUCUCUUUGUCUCUCUCUCUCUUUCUCUCUCUUUCUCUCUCUCUUUCUCUCUCUCUCUCUUUUGUUCUUUGUCUCUUUUCUCUCUCUCUCUUUGUUCUUUUCUCUCUAUUCUCUCUCUCUCUUUGUUCUUUCUCUCUGUUCUCUCUCUUUCUCUCUUUGUUCUUUUCUCUCUCUGUUCUCUCUCUCUCUUUCUUCUUUUUGUUCUUCUCUUCUCUCUUCUCUCUCUCUCUUUUCUUUUGAUUCUGUUCUCUCUCUCUCUCUUUGUUCUUUCUCUCUGUUCUUCUCUCUCUCUUUGUUCUUUCUCUGUUUCUCUCUCUUCUUUGUUCUUUUUCUCUUUCUCUCUCUCUCUUUGUUCUUUCGCUCUCUGUUCUCUCUCUCUCUUUGUUCUUUCGCUCUCUGUUCUCUCUCUCUCUCUUUGUUCUUUCGCUCUCUGUUCUCUCUCUCUCUUUUUCUUCUUUUCUCUUUCUGUUCUCUCUCUCUCUCUCUCUUUCUUUUUCGCUCUCUUUCUCUCUCUCUCUUUGUUCUUUUCGUUUCUGUUCUCUCUCUCUCUCUUUGUUCUUUUUCUCUCUGUUCUCUCUCUCUCUUUGUUCUUUUCUCUCUUUCUCUUUCUCUCUGUUCUUUCUCUCUCUCUCUCUCUUUUGUUCUUUCUUUGUUCUUUCGCUCUCUGUUCUCUCUCUCUCUCUUUGUUCUUUUCUCUAUUUCUCUCUCUCUCUCUUUGUUCUUUCACUCUCUGUUCUCUCUCUCUCUUUUGUUCUUUCGCUCUCUGUUCUCUUCUCUCUCUCUUUGUUCUUCUCUCUCUUCUCUCUCUUUGUUCUUUCCUCUUUCUCUCUCUCUCUUUUGUUCUUUCUUUCUCUUUUCUCUCUCUCUCUUGUUCUUUUCCUCUCUCUGUUCUCUUUUUCUCUCUCUUUCUUCUUUUGUUCUUUCUGUUCUCUCUCUCUUUGUUCUUUUGUCUGUUCUCUCUUUCUUUACUCUCUCUUUUUGUUCUUUCGCUCUCUGUUCUCUCUCUCUUUGUUCUUUCUCUCUUUCUUCUUUCUCUCUCUUUGUUCUUUUUCUUUCUCUCUCUGUUCUCUCUCUCUCUCUCUCUUUGUUCUUUGUUCUUUUUCUCUUUGUGCUUCGCUCUCUGUUCUCUCUCUCUCUCUUUGUUCUUUUCGCUCUCUGUUCUCUCUCUCUCUCUUUUCUUUUUCUCUCUCUCUCUCUCUCUCUUUCUUCUUUCUCUCUCUCCCUGUUCUCUCUCUUUGUUCUUUGAUCUCUGUUCUCUCUCUUUGUUCUUUCUCUCUCUCUCUCUCUCUCUCUUUGUUCUUUUCUGCUCUCUUCUCUCUCUUUGUUCUUUCUCUCUCUUCUCUCUCUCUUUUUCUCUCUCUUUGUUCUUUCUCUCUCUUCUCUCUCUUUGUUCUUUCGCUUCUCUUCUUCUCUCUCUCUCUUUCUUUCUCUUUGUUCUUUUCUCUCUCUCUCUUUCCUCUUUUCUCUCUCUUUUCUUUUUUCUUUCUUUUUCUCUCUCUCUCUUUUGUUCUUUUCUCUCUGUUCUCUCUCUCUCUUUUUUUCUUUUCGCUCUCUGUUCUCUCUCUCUCUUUUUCUGCUCUCUCUCUUCUCUCUCUCUCUCUUUGUUCUUUUUCUCUCUCUUUGUUCUUUCUCUCUGUUCUGUUCUCUUUGUUCUCUCUCUGUUUCUCUCUCUCUUUGUUCUUUUUCUGUUCUCUCUUUGUUCUUUCUCUCUGUUCUCUCUCUCUCUUUGUUCUUUAAAAACUUUUCUCUCUCUUUGUUCUUUCUCUCUGUUCUCUCUUUGUUCUUUCACUCUCUCUCUCUCUCUCUCUCUUCGUUUUGUUCUUUCUCUCUCUUUGUUCUUCUCUCUCUCUCUCUCUUUUCUUUUUGUUCUCUCUUUCUCUCUCUCUCUUUUGUUCUUUCGCUCUCUGUUCUCUCUCUCUUUGUUCUUUCUCUCUUUCUCUCUCUCUUUUGUUCUUUUCACUCUCUGUUCUCUCUCUUUGUUCUUUUGCUCUGUUUUCUCUCUUUCUUUUAUCUGUUUCUCUUUUAUUCUUUUCGCUCUCUGUUCUCUCUCUUUGUUCUUUCGCUCUCUGUUCUCUCUCUUUGUUCUUUCUCUCUCUGUUCUCUCUCUCUCUUUGUUCUUUCGCUCUCUGUUCUCUCUCUCUCUCUUUGUUCUUUCGCUCUCUGUUCUCUCUCUCUCUUUGUUCUUUCGCUCUCUGUUCUCUCUCUCUCUUUUGUUCUUUCGCUCUCUGUUCUCUCUCUCUCUUUGUUCUUUCGCUCUCUGUUCUCUCUCUCUCUUUUGUUCUUUCGCUCUCUGUUCUCUUCUCUCUCUUUUCUCUCUCUCUCUUCUUUGUUCUUUCUCUCUUUGUUCUUUCUCUCUCUUUGUUCUUUCUCUCUCUCUCUUUCUCUCUGUUCUCUCUCUCUUUGUUCUUUUCUCUCUGUUCUCUCUCUGUUCUUUCCUCUCUGUUCUCUCUCUUUGUUCUUUCUUUCUCUCUCUCUGUUCUCUCUCUCUCUCUUUUCUUCUUUUCUUUCUCUCUUCUCUCUCUCUCUCUUUGUUCUUUCACUCUCUGUUCUCUCUCUUUGUUCUUUCACUCUCUGUUCUCUCUCUUUGUUCUUUCUCUCUCUGUUCUCUCUUUGUUCUUUCUCUCUCUUUGUUCUUUCUCUCUCUUUGUUCUUUCUCUCUCUUUGUUCUUUCUCUCUUUCUCUCUGUUCUUUCUCUCUCUCUCUCUGUUCUUUCUCUCUCUCUCUUUCUUUCUCUCUCUCUUCUUUCUCUCUCUCUCUCUCUUCUCUCUCUCUCUGUUCUUUCUCUCUCUCCUUUCUCUCUCUCUCUCUCCCUCUUUUUACUCUGUCUCUCUUAUUCUUUCUCUUUCCUUUCUCCUGUUCCUUAA